UGCGCGGCUGCGGGAGCUGAGGAGCCGCCAUGACCCCCGAGAAGGUGCUGCGGGAAGGGGUGCUGGAGAAGCGCAGCGGGGGGCUGCUGCAGCUCUGGAAGAAGAAGCGGUGCCUGCUGACUGAGAAGGGGCUGCAGCUCUUCGAGCCCAAGGGCUCGCGUCGAAAGGAGCUGAGCUUCGCCCGCAUGAAGGCGGUGGAGUGCGUGGAGUGGAAGGAGAGGCACAUCUACUUCACGGUGGUGAUGGACGACAGCCACGAGAUCGACUUCCGCUGCGCCCAGGAGGACCCGGGCUGGAACGCUGCCAUCACCAUGGGCCUUGUCCGCUUCAAGAACCAGCAGGCCAUCCAGGUGGUGCGGGCACGGCACAGCUGCAGAGCAGUGGUGCAGUACGACGCAGCUGCAGUGGGACAGCGCGUGGCUGUGCAGCAUCCCCGGAGCAGGAUGGAGACGGCGCUCAGCUCAGUGGGAGGAGGAGAGAAUAGGAUCCCAGCCAGCAACUGAGCCGUCGGGGCUCCCCAGGAAGGCCAGUGCAGGCACCGGCCCCAGUGCCAUGGGGCGGGACAGUGAGGCACCAGGGCAUGGCUGCGCCCACUUGGACCGAUGGGGCAAAGGGCACAGCCAGGGCCACCACCAGGGGCUCCCGAAGGUGAUGGAUGUGGCCAGGCCCAUGGCGGACUGGCGGAGACCCCCGGCCUCUCCUGCAGGACAGGGGAUGGGAUGGGUGAGGCCGACCUGAAGUGCGGUGUUGAGCCAUGGGACAUCGGAUGUGGAUGGGGACACAAAGCCCCCGAGACCCCACAUGGUGCAAGGACUGCAGAGGGGACCCGUCGGUCACCAUGCCGGGAUGGUGCGGUGACACGGCUGCGCCGCUGGAUGCUGCCCUGGGGAUGGCAAUGUGACACUGUGGCCCCCAACUCCUUGUACUGACUGUACCCCCAACAUGUCCUUCUGCUGCUUUGUUCU